AUGGAAGGAAAGAGAAAUGUGCGCAUUUGCUGUUUAUGCAACGAAAGAAGAGCUUCUCUCAAGAGACCUAAAACCCUUCAACAAAUUUGCACUGAAUGUUUCUACCUCGCCUUCGAAAACGAGAUUCACCAAAUCAUCCUUUCCAACCGUCUCUUCUCCCGCGGCGACCGCGUCGCCAUCGGCGCUUCCGGCGGUAAAGACUCCACCGUCCUCGCCUACGUUUUAUCUAAACUCAACCGCGUCCACGAUUACGGCCUCCAUCUCUUCCUCCUCUCCGUCGACGAAGGCAUCACCGGCUACCGCGACGAUUCCCUUGAAACCGUUCAUCGAAACCAGAUUCAGUAUGGAUUGCCUCUCAAAAUUGUUUCCUACAAGGAUUUAUACGGUUGGACGAUGGACGAGAUUGUCAAACUCAUCGGUCUGAAGAACAAUUGCACUUUCUGCGGCGUCUUCCGCCGCCAGGCGCUUGAUCGGGGAGCUGCUUUCCUGAAAGUGGAUAAACUGGUGACAGGACACAAUGCCGAUGAUAUAGCGGAGACGAUUCUGUUGAACAUAUUGAGAGGAGAUAUAGCUAGAUUGAGUAGAUGCAGUUCAAUUGUAACAGGUGAAGAUGGACCAAUCCCUAGAUGUAAACCUUUCAAAUAUACUUAUGAAAAAGAGAUUGUUAUGUAUGCAUAUUUCAAAAAGCUUGAUUACUUUUCCACUGAAUGCAUUUAUUCUCCAAAUGCUUAUCGUGGUUUUGCUCGCGAGUUCAUCAAGGAUUUGGAGCGAAUCAGACCCAGGGCCAUUCUCGACAUCAUAAAAUCCGGGGAGAAUUUCAGGAUUUCUACCACUACUAAAAUGCACGAGCAGGGAACGUGUGAACGUUGUGGUUAUAUUUCAAGUCAGGUAUUUUCUACGUCACCAUUGCUCUCCCACAUGGUUGAAUAUUAACAUAGUUUCAUAUAUAUACAAUGAUACUUUUCAAUCCAAAUUGACUGUUUCCUUUGAAUAAGAUUGUUUCAGCUAAUCUUGCUUUCGUACCACUAUAAACAAAUCUUAAUUUGAGUAAGCUUAUGGCUUGAUUGAGUUAUUAUUUUAUAUUGCUAACUUUGUUUUUCAACUUUGAUAUUCUUACUCAUUUCAAAAGAAUUCCACGUGAUUCAACUUGAUGAUCAGUUUCAUCUUCUGUUUUCCUUGGGCUCAAUGAGCUGUAUUGUAAUGGGCUUUCAUAGUCCUUAAGAUAUUGUUUGGUCUUUUUCUCCGUUUGAUUUCACUAUUGGGUCAUCUGAACUAGAACAGCUGAGAUACAAUAACCUUUUCAUGUACAUAAAUGGUGUAAAGCUUGUGUUCUGCUUGAUGGAUUGAAUCGAGGUUUGCCUAAACUGGGAAUUGGACGGAGUCGGGUUGAAGUUGGUUGCAAGGAAGAAAAUGAAAGCCAUGGAAGAAAAAGCAUUGAGAGCAAACAAUGUGGAUCUUUAGACUUCUGAUUUUCUGUGUAGGCAUCAUUAUAACAGUGGGUUCUAAUUGAUGAUCAGAGGUACUUGUAGUUAAUAUCUAUCAGUAAAUUCCAUGGCAGUUGGUUAAAUGUCAAUAUAUCUGAUGUCAAAAAGUAUAAGGCAGGUAGACUUUGCAGAACAUCGUAGUAAUAUAAAAAUAAUGAUUAUUGAUUAAAACAAUAAGUCUUGAAUAGUUGCAUUAUUCACAUAUUUUGUUACUUUUCCUUGUAGUUAAUUAAACAUCUCUAGCUUCAUUUUGUGAGCAAUAUUUUGCGGUACAGUUAUUUGUAUCUUUAUACUCAGAAUUCGUCCAUACAACUCAACAAUGUACUACUGUAGAAUGCAA